AUGCCGUUGAGCCUUGAGCUCAUUCAACUUCUCGGAGAAGUGGAUGACAAGUUCUGCGGUCUGGUGGGCUGGGAAUGUGGGCUUCGAGAGCAGGCAUUGGUACUUCCUGAUACUGUUUCAACUGGAAGAUUGAACACGCAAUCGAGAGCGAGAUGCCAAAUAUGGAUAUGGGAAGACUGUGUGACACGUGACGGACAGAUUGUCAUUAGGUAA